AUGAGCGGACGCGCGAACGGAUCCUCUUGUUGUGGCCCGUCCGUUCACCGCGAUCGGCGCCACGAGUGCUGGGUGAUCGAGACACCCGACGGCGAUCGCGAUGUCGAGCGGAAGGCGGAUUGGCCGUGGGAUGUGUCGUUGUUGCACGGCUGGCUGGAGGGUUUUGCGGGCAACGCGGCGCGCUUCCGGGCCGAGGUGGGCCGAGAAGUGUUGCGCCAGAUGGUGCUGGAAGGCUGCGACCUGGCGCGCGAGGAGCGCCGCCGCCGUCGCCUCCCUCGGCAAGGGCGAUCACCUCGGCAAGGGCCCGACGACGGCACGGUGGACUGGCGCGGCGACGAGCGCGGCCUGGAUGCUGGAGUGCUGGAGGCGGCUCGACGCAGGCCGCGCGGGAAGCGCCCCCUGCUGGGCGGCGGGCGCGCGCCGCAGGCGCCCGGCGAUGAGGAGGCCACCCGCGCCGCCUUGGGCGACGCUGCGCCGCUGGGGGACGCGGAGAGCGCGCUGCUGGCGGCGGAGCUCCACGCCGGCGGCGGGCUGGCGCUGGGCGACGAGCUGGCCGCGAGCGGGGCCGGCGUUUCCGCGGGCGCGAUUGCGAUCGGGCGCCGUGCGGACGGGCGGCCGGCGCCGCGCGAGCGGGCGCCGCUCUCGGACGCCGCUGCCUGGCGGGCGCAGGCAUUCGAGGACGCUCGGAGCCUGGCCCCGCCUCCGCCGCCUCCCCAUGUGGCCGCGCCCGCUGAGGAGCGUCGGCCACGGGACCUGCGAGAUGCCCUGCGCGCCCCAGUCGAGGAGGUCGGCGGGGCGAGCACGCCGCGCGAGGCCCGAGCCGAGCAGCAGCCCGAGGAUGUCAGGAGGCCCGCAGCCCGGGGGGCAGGUUGCUUCCUGACGGGCACCGGCGACCCAUUCGACGCGGCGUCGCCCGAGAUGCGGAACUUCGCGAACCGCGAGGCUCGGGGCGAGGCCGAGCGGCUGGCUGCGCUGGGCCAGGGGCGGACGCUGGCGGCCGGCCCGGAAGCGGGGGCCACGCGCGGCGGGCAGAUCUACCCACUGCCGCCCCUGCGCGAGCUGGACGCAGGCGUCGCUGGCUUGCUCGGUCGCCGGGAUCGGGCACGCGUGCAGCAGCUGGCCAGGGCGCAGCGGCGGGCGCAGUUCCUGGAGGCCAGCUGGGGCGCUCCUGCCGACGCGGAGGAUUCGCAGCAAUGUCUGGCACGACUGCUGCGGGGCCGAGGCGGCAACGCCCAGCUGGCCCACGCGACGCUGAUCCCCUUCUCCCACGCCCGGCCGUCGGUCCCGGAAGACUCGGCGGGGUCGCCACGCAUCGCGGACUUGCUGCCGGAGGUCGACGACGAGCGGCCCUGGCCGGCUGGCCGGGGCGAGGAGCUGGACGACGCCCUGGGCGGCCUCGACGCCUGGCUCGGCGUGAGCGACGUGAAGGAUUGCUUCCACCGGCUGCUCUUGGACGCCGGCCCAGGUCUCCAGGAGUUCUUCGGCUGCCCGCCGCUGCGCGCAGCCGAGCUAGGCCUCGCGCAGCUGGGCGGGGUGGCGCUGGAGCGGGGCACUCUGCUCUACCCGCUGGCCCGCGCGCCGCCGAUGGGCUGGGCCUGGUCGCUGCGCUUCGCCCAGGCGGCCAACGCGCAUCGCGCGACGCUGCUGCGCGAGCUGGACAGGGCCUUGCCCACGUCAGACCGCGGCCCCCCGCUGCUGCUGGACAGCCCGCUGGCCCUCGGCCACUGCGCCUGCGAGGACCAGGUGAGGUCGGCGCUGGAGGCGGCCACGGAGUCGCUCGGUCAGGCGGGGCUCGAGGUGCACGAGACCGCGCCGGCGAAUGACGGCGGGGAGGCGCUCGGGGUGAAGCUCAACGGCCGCAGGGGGUGCACGCGACCCGCGCCCCCCAGGUUCUGGCGCCUUAGCGGCGCGGUGCAGGCGCUGCUGCGGCGUCGCAAGGUGAGCGGCGUCGAGCUGGAGAUCGUCGUGGGACACCUCGCGUUCCCGGGCCUGGUGCGCCGCGAGAGCUUGAGUGGCCCCCGCUGCACCUGCAGCUUCAUCCAGCGCCGCUACUACGACGGGGCCGAGCUGUGGCGGAGCGUUGGCGAGGAGCUCUGGGCCUUCACGGGCCCGAUGAUCUUCCUCCGCGCGCGGCCCCGCCAUCGCCCGGGGGCGGGGGCGGCGCGGCGGCGCGCCGUGGAGGCCGCGGGCUUGGAGCUGCUUGCGGACGGCGGCGCCGCCGCGCCGAAGGCCCGCGCAGGCGGGGUCCCCGAGGAGGAGGUGGACCGCCGGUGCCGGGGCCCCGCUUUUGAGGAGGUGCCGGCGGAGCUGCUGCGCGCUGGGCGCUGGGGGGCAGUUUUGGCCGAUCGGUGGGCCUUCGAGGAAGGGGUCCUCCAUCUCGAGGGCCGCGCGCUGGUCAAGGCCGCGCGGAGCGCGUGGCCGGCCCCCGCGCAGGCUGCGACGGCCGAGCCCUCCUGCUGGGUGACAACGCGGCGGCGGUCCUUGCCUUCUCACCAGCGCAGGCUGCUGACAAUGAUUCGGCGUGCGGCAGCUGGCUCGUUCGGGCGAGGGCUCAGGUUCAUUUAUAAGUGGAUCCCUUCGGAGUUCGACAGCAGCGACGAGGGGGGCAGAAAGUUUGCAAAAGAGUACGAGUCGGAUAAGUGCGUCACCCACUUGCUGCCAGGUGGUGGAUGGGACAGAGACAGAUCGGGGCGGGCCCCAGAUGGCCCUGACGUCGAGCGUGCACCCGCGACCUCGGCGAUCCACCUUCCGGAGCCAUCCUGGCUCGAGAAGGGCGGCGCCAGCGUGGAGGCCGCGGCCGCGCGUCUGGCUGCCAGCGAGGCGAGUCUGGCCAAGCGGCGUGCCCCCGCGGGGCCAGGCCAGCCGAGCGCGGGUGCUGACCCGUCCGCUGGAAUCGGCGCCGCCCGCGGCCAGGUCGGGCGGGUCGACGCUCUCGAGCCGCAGCCCCCGCCGAGCGCGGACGCUCAGCAGGGCCGUCUGCAGCAGCCUGGACCAGCGGGUCAGCGCCGGGCCCACGCCGUCGCCGACGGAGCUGGAGCACGCCCCGGAGACGCGCUGGGGCUGGGCCGCGGCGGACCUCCUGGGCAGCUCCAGAGCCGCGGGCGGAGCCGCCGCUCUGCCGCCGAGGACGCCAGCGAGAACAGCUGCGAGGAGGAGCUGCCGGGGCGAUCCUCGGCGCGCGCCGACGCCCGGCGGGCCGCGGCGCGGGCGCGACGGAUGGCCUGGGCGAAGCUGCCGCCGGGACAGACAAUCUUGGAUGCACACAGCGUCAAGGCCGCCACCCGCGCCCGCUACCAGAUGCACGUGGACGUGCUGAUCGCCUUCGCGGACAAGCGCAACGCCCCUCUCGUCGAGGGUGCCGAGGUAGACGACUGCAUCGGGAAGUGGAUGAACACCGAGUUCAGCGAGGGCCGCUGCGCUUGGCGCGGGGAGGGCAUGUUCACCUUCCCUGGCAUCAGUCGCAACGGCAGUCGGAAGCUCCCACGAGCGUUCCAACGCCUUCGAGGCUGGCGCAUCUUGAGCCCGCCGAUGAUCCGCACUCCCUUGCCCUGGCCCACGCGGGCGACGCCGGCGCUGCAGCUGGUGCGCCGCGGCCGCGACCGUCGGAGCUGCCUGGUGGUGUUCGUGAUGGUGGAGGCGCGCCUGCGACCGUCGGAGCUGCUGUCGCCGACGAGACGUUCGCUGCUCCCACCAGCUCGCGGGGGCCUGAGUCAGUGGUGUCUGCUGCUGUUUCCGAGCGCUAAGGGCGUCACCCGCAGCAAGACAGGCGAAGCGGACGACACGGUGGUGAUGGACUCGUCCAGGACGCCCUCGCUCAACUACAUGUUCCAUCGCCUCAGUCGGGGCCCCGGGGACGAGCGGGCCGCGGUGGCCCUCGGGUUCGAGAUGGUGCCAUGCCAGGGCCGCCGCAGCGGGGCUUCGAUCGACCGGGCACAGCGCGUCAGGAGCGCCGCCAGGUACGAGAGGGCGGGCCGCCUGAACGACGCCUGGCGGGAGCUGACCGCCAGCCAGCAGGAGUGCGCCCUCGACUGCGAGCGCCAGCUCGAG